AUACUCUUCACUACCUAAAACAGUUAAGACAAGAAAUGUUUAGAGAACAUUUAUCUGUUCUUGCUCCAUCUAUGGAGCUAGUGAUUGCAUGCUGGCGCUAAGACAAGUAUCUCGCAGCACCGGAAGUUCGUAUUGAGACCGGAUAUGCGAGUGAGCAUGUCAGAGGUUUGACUAGUAAUCAUAUUGGUUUUCGAUUGCUUAUUAGAAACAUUAAGGAAGUAAACUGCUGCAAACAACCCUUAGAACUCGAUCGGUUGAGAUGAUGAUAGCAGCUGGAAUGGGUUACCCCAGAGGUUUGCUGCAGCUACUUCUGGUCCUGACUUUCACAGCUGUUGGCACACAAGCACAUUGUGGAAGUGAUGAAAUUGAUGAGAUGCGUCCAUGUGUUUCUCCUCACAUGAGGAAAUUAGCUCCACUGAUCAACGCUUUUUGUAACCAUUAUUUAAUCACACAAGAUCUUUGCAACGUCUUUAAACAAAUCAAGGACUGCGCAAGCAGAAAAGAUAUCGCAGAAUGCGUGGAGUACAAUGUCUUUGAAGAGCUCAGUCAAUCCGGGAAAGGUUAUAGUUGUGGUCUGAUGGAUUUCCAAGACAAGUGCGGCAACGCUACAAUGAUCAAAAAGAAAACUGCAACUAUCAGAAAAGCCCGAGCAUCUAAGGAAAUGAAGACGAGACAGAAGACCAUGAGGAAACUGCAGACGAGACAGAAAACACUGAGGAAACUGAAGACGAGACAGAAGACCAUGAGGAAACUGCAGACGAGACAGAAAACACUGAGGAAACUGCAACUGGCAGAAAAGCCAUACCAUCUAAGGAAACUGCAAAUGCCAGAAAAGCCAAACCAUCUAAGGAAACUGCAACUGGCAGAAAUGCCAAACCAUCUAAUGAAACUGCAACUGGCAGAAAUGCCAAACCAUCUAAGGAAACUGCAACUGGCAGAAAUGCCAAACCAUCUAAGGAAACUGCAACUGGCAGAAAUGCCAAACCAUCUAAGGAAACUGCAACUGGCAGAAAUGCCAAACCAUCUAAGGAAACUGCAGACGAGACAGAAGACUCUGAGGAAACUGCAGACGAGACAGAAGACUCUGAGGAAACUGCAAAUGCCAGAAAAGCCAAACCAUCUAAGGAAACUGCAGACGAGACAGAAGACUCUGAGGAAACUGCAGACGAGACAGAAGACUCUGAGGAAACUGCAACUGGCAGAAAAGCCAAACCAUCUAAGGAAACUGCAACUGGCAGAAAAGCCAAACCAUCUAAGGGUGCAGCUUCAACCCCACGUGCUUCUCUGGUCCCGGUGUUUGUCUUCACCAUCUGUCUGCUUCUUAUGUCGAUGUAGCUUAUGUAGUUUUGUGUCUUCUUUUGACACCUGCUAACGGCAGUUUUCUGUUGAUUAAUGUCUAUAUAGCCGUAUAGCUUGUCUAUAUUUUACUUUCACUUGUCAACACUUUACUUGAGCAACAUAUCUGACACGUUUCCAAAAUCUGAGUGUAGGUACAUAACAACUGUUAAAUAUUCAUUUGCUUAGUAUUGUCUUAGAGAUUAUAAAAUUUUCUCGUAAAGCCCUCAAUUUUUUAUACGCUCAUAACCUUCUUAACUGGAUGUGUAAGGUAGAAGACAAGGAUUUAUAAAAUGUUUCAGUCAAGCUAACUUUGUUCAGUUUUGCCUUGCAUUUCUUCCACUGCAGACGCGACCACUUUGUUAUCUUAAAUGAUUUAACUGUAACCUUUAUUUGUGUAACCUUUCCUGACAAUAACCUUCCACUAUUAAUAGUGACACUUUGAGAGGUUAAAAGUUUUAUUACAUUUAACUUUUGUAAUAUUUAAAAGACUAUAUCAAUCCAUAUUCGAUGAUUACGAUUUUGUUCACUAUUUAACUGCACAUUUUUCUUCGGAAGAUUUUAUUUUUGAUCAUUGUGUUUUGUUUUAAUAACAAGAAGAACACACACAAACACACUUUGUCUACUACCUUUUAACUGUGUGUAAGGGAAGACACAAAGCAAUUAUUUGGCAACUGCAGUUCUCUGGAAUGAAGGAAGGAUAUAUUUGUCCAAUUGUUUAUUCUCAAGUCAACCAACGAGGCCCUUCAAACCCGAAGUGUGCAAAUUUUGAUAAGUGCAUGAAGGUUUUACACUUCUAGAACAAUUCUACUCAGAUUAUUUUCCAUAUGUAUAAUACGAGCUGUAUCAUCUUCCUUAACAAAAUGGGUAUUUGAUGUAUACAUUCAAAUAUUAUUAACAUUAUCAGUAAAGCCAGGUAAUGUUUUGAAUUAUACCCGAUUUACCUGGGAUGCGGAUGUAGCUGAAGGAUUAUUUUUCUCCAAGAAUUACACCGUCGUUGACAUGAGAUGUAGAGUUUACAACAAGAGGACUUCCUGAAUGUAGUAAUAAGCAGUUAGUAGGAGUGGAUAUGGGUGUAGCACUACAGGUCUAGCCGAUGCACAUUCUAUCAGUUCUUCGACAAUUUUUUUAAAGUUUUUCUUUGAAACGCUUGUAUUGCUCUCGGUUAUCUUUGCCUUUACUGUUACACGAAUGUUUAUUUCACAAACACAUACACACAGACAAACACACACACACACACACACACACACACACACACACAAACACAAAAACAAACACACACACACACACACGCACGCGCGCUCGUGCGCUAACAUACACAAAAAAUUUGCCACAAAUCACAGCGGACUUGUUUGGGUUAUCAAAAGCAUCUGAAAAGACUCAAUUCUAGAGUUAGCAAAACGUUUAUUUUGUAUGAGACUGAUACACAUCAGUUUUUAAUCUCCGAUAUAAAUGCAGUUUUUUAUUUAUUCUUUUUUUUUAUCAUAAGUGAAAUGAAAUUACUGCAUUUUGUCGUGUUUCUCUUAUUCUGUUAGCAAUAAAGAAUCUGUUUUGCCCUC